AGAGGCUUCUCGAGAUGCGGACCUUGCCCAAUAUCUUGAUCGCAGGUACGCCUGGCGUCGGGAAAACCACCACCUGCAACGAGCUGCUCAGCCUAGCAUCUCAAUCCUCUCCGCCGCUUAACCUCAAACACCUCUCCAUCAACGACAUCGUCAAGGAGCGGUCGUGCCACACCGGCUACGAUGAAAAUUUGCAAACCCUGAUCGUCGACGAGGACAAGCUUAUGGAUGAAGUCGAGAAAGAGAUCACAGACGGAGAAGGAGAAGGUGGCUGGGUCAUUGACUGGCAUUCUACCGCCGGGUUUGCCGUACGAUGGGUCGAUCUUGUCGUUGUCCUGCGAUGCCAGGAAACGAACACACUCUAUGACAGACUCAUAGCGAGAGGUUACAAGGACGAAAAGGUACAAGAGAAUAUGGAUGCUGAAAUAUUCGCCGUCGUGAGUGAGGAAGCCCGUGAGGCUUGGGGUGAGGACGGCCAGGUGGUCGAGUUGAACAGUGUGGGAGCCGAGGAUAUCGAAGAGAAUGCAGAGAGAGUGCUGCAAUGGAUUAAAAAUUGGGUCAAAGAUCAGGGAACACAAGAGAACGGAGACUGAGACGGCGAUGAAUACCCUUGCAGAUACCAUUUGGAGUGUGUCCACAGGGCGAUGCCUGAUCGAUUCCGGGUCGCCAGCCAUCGGAUAAGCCAGGCCAUUCUUUUCUUCCGACUCGGGCGUCCCUGCUGUCCAACUGCGACCACUAGUUCAAGGCUCCAGCUCACCACCAGCAAGCCAGACUUUCAGUUUCUCCAGAGCUUUGCCUCUGUGGGAGACCAGGUUCUGCCACCAGGAGUCAGCAUACUGGCCAGAAUGUUUCAAAGUCUUUGAAGGCCACAACAACCGGCGAUGGGCCCGUGCCGAUCACAUCCAGGGCAUACCUUUUCAGCCUUGUCCAUCUCAGCAUACGUCUUAUCCUCGUAUUCGAAAACCGGGUCCCAGCCUAACCCAUGGAUCAGUAUGAUGACUCAUUCACAGCGAUCGGUUCAGUGGACGUCUGAGUGUAACGGGACAUACCAAAGUUUGGCGGCCCUCUCGCAGGCACGAUCUUUCCCCUCGUCUGCCCCUGAAACAAGAUCGGCUCAUGUCCCGGUCCAGCGCAAUAUGCGAAGGUGCAUACAGCAAAGGCGGUCUUGUCUUGGUACGCGGCCAGCAUGUUAUUCAGCCCUUCGUGGCCGAGUGCACCAAGGAAGUGUUUUCUGGAUUGGUGGGACAGUGUGUCAGCAGAAAACAUGGAAGAGACUGAACGGUCAGGUCAAAGUGCACAUAGAGGACGGGACGUGGAAGGUCAGGCUCAUCGUCCGAGGGGGCGCCGUGGUCCAAAUCUAGUGUAGCAUGACAAAGCGAAUUCAUCGUCAAGACGUACAUGUACGGCCCAGGCAAGCCCUUCAAAGCCUGAAACUCUAGAGCAGUGUCCUCGGUCAAUACGGGUCCUCCAACCUAGCAACAAGCAUCUUUGGUUAGCACAUUUUUUGUAUUCCGUAGCCUCUCGUGCAAUU